AUGGAUAGAGGAAAUGUCAACGUUGAGGAUGCCAAUGUGGACGAGCUGAUUGAUUCACUGGAGACUGAUGAAGAAUUUAUGUCAAAUUACAGAGAAAAGCGCUUGCAAGAAAUCUCUGACGGGUUCAAGUCUGCCCAGAAAAAUGUGGCAGCCGGUUAUGGUACAGUCAAUACUAUAACCGGUGAGUCGGAGCUCAUGCGACUUGUGACCGCGACAGAAAAGAUCGUUGUGCAUUUUUAUCUAGAAAAUUUCGAAAAGUGCACCAUCAUGGACAAGAAAUUGGACGAAAUCGCUUGCAGAAAUCUCUCGACGCGAUUCGUUCGCAUAAACGUAACUCAAUGCCCUUUUCUAGUUAAAAAGCUAGAUAUCAAGGUUCUCCCCCUGCUUAUUGCAUACGAUCGUGGGGUCAAGAAGGAUCAAUUGAUAGGCUUCUCCAAAUUGGGUAAUAAUCCAAGUGAUUUCGAAGCCGAACUGCUUGAAGAACGGUUACGUGCUUGCGGCAUAACACCGAAAAGCGAAAAUACGCUGAGAUUCUCAACCAGAGGCUCGAAAGGGCGAGGCAUUUUGUUUGAAGAAGACGAUUGA